CAAGACUGGAUUACAAGCACCGCAGUUUCUUCAGGCAAACGCACUGCCAUCUUGGGCGGCACCACGCCGCGGUUCUUACCGGAGCUGCAUGCCUUAAAUGGGUGAAUCUAAAACGCCGCCGGCAACUGCGGGUCUACUUGAAUUCGAAACCAAGGCUGCAAGAGAACAGUAGCAUUUGCGAUUCUAGCAGUAGCAUUAGCUUCCUGCCUACCAGCCUAAGAAGCUAAUUGAGGAGUGUAGGGGGCGCAACACGCACUUGGCGUGGUUCAAUUCACCUUAAAAAGGAGUCGUCCCCACCUUAAUUCACACAUUUCUUUGAUUUAGUGCUUUCCCCUUUCUUCCAAUGAAUGUGCAUCAUCUCAUGAUUCUCAUCGCCUUGGCCGUAAAGUCUAGCUACUUCCUAGGCAGAGAGUAAUAAUUUUCCCCCUCCUUUCACGCUUUGGUAGAGCAAACGGAACAAAGCAUAAAGCAUGGUGUGCGCCCCUCCGUGAUUUGAGUGAUUGUUUAACAUUAGAGUCAUGCAUGGCCAAAUUUAUCAUUGUCCUCUCCUCCUAGUUUAGAUUUCAAAAUUCAAGAAAUUUAUCCAAUGUUAAUUUGGUAUGUUAGAAUGAAAUGGAAUGGAAAAUAUAUUAAAAAUAAAAAUUAUAUAGUGAAUAUGAAAAUUUGUAUAUGAAUUUUGUUCGAUUCUAUUUCAUUCUUGUACCCGAGAAGAUUUAUUAAAGUGUAUUUGUACUAUAAAUUAUGAUUUGCAAUUUUUGUAUGAUGGUAGUUUCUAAUACUUUUUUUUUUACAACUAAUAAUUUCUACUUUUGCUGCGAUCGAAAAUUAUGGUUGGCAAAGGGAAUUAUAAAAUCUUAAAACGUAACUUUAAGAAUUUAGUAGUUUUCAAUAAUAACCAAUCGUGUGUUUUAAAGGGAUAUACCAUUAAUGAUUAAAGUUUGGGAUUUAUAUGUUGAAAAUGUUGGAUUCAAAUUUGAAACAAAAGAAAAGGGAUAUGAAUGAGAGAUUUGCUAAAGAGGUCCUAAGCCUCCAAUGAAAAAAGGGACUUUUUAGAAAAGUUGAACUAAUUCUAGGUGCUUAAAGAUUAAUAUAUCAGGUACUAAGGCUACCAAAUGCUUAAAUUAUAAAAAAAUAAUGAUUGCUAUCUAUAAAACCUUUUUCCUAUUAAAUUUGUAUUGAACUGAAAUCUAAAACCAAGAAAACAGAUAGAUACCUCAAAGAAAUUCUUUCCCCUAGUGCAUGUGAAGUACGCCAAUUUUUGUUCACUAGAGACUAGACCAUGAACAUUGUCAUACGGCUCGUGCCCACAAAUUUAUUUUUUCACAUGACUCCUUGCUCGUUUGGCAAAGACAAGAUCAUGUUAUGCCCAUAAAUAUUUUACCUGUAAAAGCACAAGAGGAAAAUCACUGAGCUGCAAAGAAAAGUCUCGUCAGUCAUCAACUAUACGGAAAAUGGGAGUAGCAGAGAAGGUAGGUUUGGUAAUGGCUGGUGGGGUCAUCUGUAAAGUGAUUGAAAUCAUAACUAUGGAGUUGGGGCGGCAAAGCUAAGCUUAAUUAAACUCAUCUCCCAAGUCUUCCCCUCCAUAAAUACCUCCUCACAUUUCUCAUCGCCCUAUCCUCUGUUCUUCACCCUCAGUCCCCUACUACGAAUCUGCCUAGCUAGCUCCUGUUUCAAUUCCAUUACUGUCUCCGUAGUUGCAGAGAGGCAUGGCCAAGGACGUGGAGGUCGGCGGGCAUGGCGGGUUCUCCGGCAAGGAUUACCAGGAUCCGCCGCCGGCGCCCCUCGUCGACCCGCAGGAACUCUGCAAGUGGUCCUUCUACAGAGCCAUCAUCGCCGAAUUCAUCGCCACACUCUUGUUCCUCUACAUUACGGUGUUGACGGUGAUCGGCUACAAGAGCCAAACUGACCCUCUCAAGAAAGCCGACGAAUGCGCCGGCGUCGGCGUCCUCGGCAUCGCUUGGUCCUUCGGCGGCAUGAUCUUCGUCCUUGUCUACUGCACCGCCGGCAUCUCCGGUGGGCACAUCAACCCGGCGGUGACAUUCGGGCUGUUCCUGGCGCGGAAGGUGUCGCUGGUGCGAGCACUGAUGUACAUGGUGGCUCAGUGUUUGGGAGCCAUCUGUGGAGUGGGUCUGGUCAAGACGUUCCAAUCCGCUUUCUACCACAAGUACGGUGGCGGAGCCAACAAUCUCGCCGACGGCUAUAGCACCGGCACGGGCCUCGCUGCCGAGAUCAUCGGCACCUUCGUCCUCGUCUACACUGUCUUCUCUGCCACUGACCCCAAGCGAAACGCCAGAGACUCUCACGUCCCCGUGUUGGCACCACUCCCAAUUGGAUUUGCUGUGUUCAUGGUUCACCUAGCCACUAUUCCGAUCACCGGGACCGGCAUCAACCCAGCUCGGAGUCUGGGGGCUGCGGUGAUCUACGACGAAGACAAAGCCUGGGAUGACCAAUGGAUAUUCUGGGUUGGGCCGUUCAUCGGAGCGGCAAUUGCAGCGUUCUAUCACCAGUACAUUCUGAGGGCCGGAGCCAUUAAAGCCAUAGGGUCCUUCAGAAGCAAUCCCCACAUGUGAUUUUUCUUUUUCAAUUAAUCCAUCACUGCUCAUAAUUAAUUUCCUCAUGGUGGCUGUUGAUGAUUGAUGAUGGUGAGAGAACGUAGUGAGAGAAGUGAUGUUGGCAGAGAUCGAGGUGGAGGUGGAGGUGGUGUUGUAAAUUGAAGUAGUACUGUGAGUGUGGAAGCGCACUUUGUUUUUAACUUGCCCAGAUGGUGUCAGUCAUUUUCUAUAUAUGUUCUUCUGCUUAAUUAAUAAUUAUUCCGAAGUUUCAUUUA